UUUCUGACAUUCCAUUUAUUUCACCUAAAAUUUAUAGCGUGAAUUCCGCACACAAGCUUUUGACGCACUUCGUUUCAGUACGUUGUUGCGAUGCGCCGACGCGAGUCUCGAGGUAGAGACGUAAUCAUGUGAAUACUUAUUCACUUUCGCUGAGAAAACAUGCUGAUAUCCGAGACGCGUGUAUGGCCCCCGCAGGAGAGCAUCCACGUUCUACUGGUGGAAGAAGGGCACAUUUUUGUCGGCACCGGUAGUGGCGCCAUCGUCGUCUACGGUUUGACUGACUUGCGGCAUCCGGUAGGCAUCCUACAGGGACACAGCAAGCCGAUCACCGGACUGCAAGUGCUCCCCGAGCGGCUUCCAGCGACAGCAAGCAAGUCGGCGUCAUCUUCUUCGACGUCAGUUCUGAAGAAGCCACCGACCGCGGUGUCGGAGCUUGCGGAAGUAGACAAGCCUAUCUACCUCUACUCCGGCGGAGAGGAUGGGUGUCUCUUGUGCUGGGAUGUGGCCCCGUUGCUGCAACAAAACAAGCUCGGGCGCAGGAAAAGGCACUUCGAAAAACUGAUGGUGCAGUUGAAAACGCGGCAGGGCAGUGAGGAGCUGGCGAACUAUCGCGUCCCGAGUUCUGAGCAGCUGCGGAUUCCACCCGCAGGCUUGAGCUCAUCCAAGCAAGGACCGCUGAUUUUUCACAAUGAUCUCGAGCAGGAGAAUGAGAAUCCUGCCGGGCCCCGCAGAGGAGAAGUUGCAAACGAUGCGGUCUUCCCCCCGAGAUCAGCAGAUCAGCGCGGAAUCGGUGCAGAAGGCGAAGAUGUUGCCGAGAUGUUGAAGAAGCCGAGCGAUGAAGCAGGAGAACAACCCCCAGUACACCUAGCCGGGCAGCCAUUGCAAGAGCAGGAGUCCAUUGAGGAGUACGACAGCCGGUACGGUAUUUCAUCCGCAACCACGAAGAGCCGGUUGUCGAAAGAGGGCCGCUUUCCGCUGUUUCUGGACCCGGAGGCAGAGGAUGCAGAGGAGUUUGUGGAGGGUACUAUUUUCAUUCCGGAACGUCGAAAGGAGAAGAAAAAGCUGGAGGAAUUCUACAUCGCGGGCGAACUGAAGGCCGACGAGGCUUCCUUCGUGGAACGGUGGGGAACACUGGAACUAGCAAGCACGGCCGUACCGUCGAGUUCGUCCUCCUCGUCUUGCGAAGAGCCGGACAGCACGCAGCCGACCGUCCGUGGGAAGGAAGAGAGACGAAAAUCUACAACUUCAGCGAGCGCGAGGACCGAUAGUGUCGAGCAACAGCAAGGUAGAGACCGUGUUGAACCACACGUUGAAGCAACUAGGCAACGUGAAGACAACGAAAAUUCAUCUGGCAAGAAGGAGACCACAGAUUUGCCGGCGAGCCCCGGGCCUGUAGCGACAGACGCAGCCGCGGAAUACAGCAUUCAGGGGGUGGAGCUGCAAGACAACAAAGUCCAGCUGACGGACGCUGAAUCCGUCAGCAGCGACGCGGACAGCGACGACACGGUGAUUCGCGACGGCAUCUACCAUCGCUUUUGGGGCGAAGAUCCGGCCGGCGCGAGCCUGCGGAGACGCAUGCGCCGCUCGUCAACGGCUGGCAGCGACGCGUCCACACUGUUUUCGCACGACGAGAAGUCCAUGUCUUCGUCUUCCAGUGCGGGCGGAGACACUUCGGGCGAGGAUGCACACACAGCGGACGGUGCUAGAGUGGGACACGACAAGGAUGCGAAGAAGAAGAGUGCUAAGAAAGGAAAGAAAAAGCGAAAAACAGUAGAGCAGGCUACUGCAAUGGUCGUUGGUGUACCCCCGCCAAAGCGGAAGAAGAAUCAGCGAAGCAAAGAGAUGAGAGCGCAAAAUGCCGAAGAAAGCAAAGCGAGAAAGAAAAUCGACAAACCGAAGUGGAGACGAUUACGGUGGGACGAGGAUCUUUUUCCGGACGAAGAGCUACGCCCAUUGGCCCGAGUGCUGCCCCACGAGACACAUCCUUUGCGCCACCUCGUGUGCAGUGCGGAGCGCAAGUCCGUUUUCUCCAUAGGGAGCGACAAAACACUGCGGAGAAUGCAAUUGUGCGAUGCUGCGUUGCACGACGACGACGCUCGGAAGGCGAAGCAGAAAGCCACUGCCUUGUCGGAGGCCGCGGGCCGUGUGGUAACAGUUGGUGGUGGGAGCAAGAAAGAUACGAAGCUUGCGAAGGAAGGUAAUAAAGCUCGUGGCCGACCCGCCGCGAACGCAACUGAUCGGGCUAGAUCAGUUGUCGCGGCAUUAGCAGAUGCCAGGCGGGGAGGACCGCAAAUGCCAUCACCGGCGAAACUGAAGUUGCCGCGGGACUCGCCCGCGGAUUCGGCAUUCAGUGACUACCCACCGCUUAGCGUGCGAGAGCGUCGUGCGUCGGAGCCGGGUCGUCGAAAGCAACUUCGCACUCCCGCUCGGGCCCUGACGCCGCCACCGCCACCAGUUUUGGAAAAUGUACUUUAGAUUUUUCAUUCAUUGUGAUACCUGCUCGUGAAAUGGUCGAUACGAUGCAUGUUUUUCUCGAUGGCUGUUCUGACACCGAUCAUUUACUCAGAUGCCAAUGCUUACGCGCUUUCAGUAUUUUUGACACUGGCGCAAGUACUAAACAAGCAACUCGUGAUGUUUCUCAGGUGCUGGACGGCGAAAUUCUGCGCCCGCUAACGGAGGACGAGCUGCGUCGACGGCGCAGAAAGCGCGAAGCCGCGGCUGAGCUCUGGAGUCGGUGGCAGGAACAGAACCGGGUGUUGCAGGACAUUGAGCAAGACAGCCAUCGGUUCGCCGCCAUGCUCGCGAACUGCGACGAAUCGUUGCGCAAGAGCCUGCGCGCCACGAUGAACAUGAUCCGCACGGCGGGCGGGCAAACGCUGGCCGAAGUGGCGAAGGAGUACAGGAACAGCAGCAACCCCGAUGCGGCUAAGUUCUACAAGAAGAUCGCACCGACCCUUCCGUUGGAGGAGCUGUUAGCGGUGUAUGAGCAAACUCGGACGCAGCGCACCCGCAAGCCGCAGUGGAAAGACCCGGUCGGCGGUUCUUCAGAACCCGCGGGAACAUCAAACAAGGAAACAACGUCAACCGUAGGAACCCGACCGGUGCACUCGUCCUCGAAUGCGAAUCCUGCCAUUGCGGCUACUCGCACAGCCAUCGCGGCUCUGCGCAGCAGCUCGAUGCGCGCCGGCUCGCCGAAAGCGGGUGAAGUAGAGAAAGAAUUCACGACGAAGAAGGACCAGCGCAGCAGUCUUCCGCCGAAGCGCAACGUGACGAGUCGCGGGCGCGACGCCGCGCCGCGGGGAAAAACGCCCGUAGUCAGCGCAUCGCUGCUCGAAGAUGCCGAUUUUGAUGACGCGGGCGAAGAGGACGCAAGAGAUGAACAUAUGCAGAAACACAACCUGGUGGGGCCGGGGGGUCAUGAUCUCCCGGGGCAGAGUGACGACGAAUUGGACGAACCAGUGAAAAGUCGUCCGCAGAGCCGGGGCGACUGCCUCGCCGCAACUGUGCUGCAGCAUCCUAGUAAAAGUAGGAGGAACACAACGACCACGGCAACUCCGUCAACAUCAUUGCGGUCUAGUAGAAACAAAGCUGGUUUAUUGUUGAACACCACGGCGGCUGACGAGAACUCGAAGAUCAAACUUGUGGUGCAGCGAGCGGUGGGUUUCGUCGAAGAAGCUGAUGGUGCCGAUGCUUUGUCCUCACCGCAGCACCACAUCUCAUCUCCUCAUAAGCCGAAUAAACCACCGCCGAAGCCUCAACUCUCCCUCAUCGCGCAGCGCGACAAAGCACGGGGCAUCGUGCGGAACCCGAUCGAGGCGCGCGUCAAAGCGGAAAAGGAAGAGAAGAAGAAAGAGCGCAAGAAGCUGGAGCGCGAGGGAGUGGAGUACCGUUUCGAGCGCGAGCCGCAGAAGCUGCUGCUGAUGCGGCAAGACAAAAUACUGCUCGUUGGGUUGGCUUCCGGCGGAGGCAUCGUCGCGCUGCGGUUGCGUGACUCGGGGCCGGCGGAGUGCAUGGCGAAUUUCGGGCGCACGAUGGAGAUUCCGUCCGCGAAAAUCACCGGGCUCGUCGCGCUCACCAGCGAGGAUAGUGCUUCUAGUGCGCAGAAUGCAAGGAGCUCUCCAGCUAAGUUCAACCCUAAUCGUAGUCAGCAAUUAUCGGUGACCGACCGGACGGAUACCGACGGAGACGAUACGGACGGAGAGCAUAGCGCCGAUUUCACGGAUUUUGAGGGAAAUCCGUCAUUGCCGCACGGCAAGGAAAAUCUUCCUUCCCCGACAUCUAGACGCGGGUCCGCACGAAGUUCGCGGCAAGAAAAUGCGAACGCGAGCACUCGGCGGCGAAGCAGUUCACUGAAGCGGAAGAAAAGGAAGAAGCGGCAAAACGACUUUCUCGUAACACAAGAAACAUCGAUUCGUGUCGUCGGUAUGGAUGGUGGCUCGUUGCAUUUGCCUAGCACGCGGAACAAGCCGAAAAACAAGCCCAAGAAAACCAAGCCGUUUCGCGUCGCCGCCUGCACGGCCGACGGCACCAUCAGCUUCUGGAAAUUGAAGGAUCAGAAGCACACCCGUGGAUUGCUGGACUCGUCCUUCUCGAAGCAGCAGACACUGUAUGACGAUGAGGUGGACCUUCUCAUAGACCCCGAGCCGUCCUUGACCCACCCCAGCACCGUCGCGCUCGAAUCCUCCAUGGAGCAUACAAAAGAGAUCAAGCUCCUGAAAAAGCCGCCGCGCCGCCGCAAGAGCGUGAACAAGAUGAAUACGGAUAGUACAACAGGAGAAAAUAUUAAAGAUGGUGGUGAUGCGGCGCAGCAACAACUUGAACAAACUUCUGGCAUGAUCAUGUCCCAAUUCCAAGAGGAGUUGCAAAACCGGAAAAAGAACUCCCUUACCUACGAAUGCCUGCACGAAUUUGGCCUGCCAUGCGCGCUGUACUGCGUGUUGGAGGCGAAGCCAAUCGAGCUCGCGUCGGGCGGAACGCCAGCAACUUCAUCUACCGGAACGCGGAGUGGUCAAGCCGCAGGUGGAGGUUUGAACAGCAGCAUGUUGCUGGACAAGAAGUUCAAUUUUCGCGAUCCCGACGCGAUUCCCGUCUCCACUACGGUGUACGGUGGGACCGAGGUGGGACUGAUCAAAAACGGCGAUUUGGUCAACUACCACCGGAAAUCAGCCCCGGUGUACGCCGUGGCGGAAGCCAUUUUGGCGGGCCGGCGACACAUUUUCUUCGCGGGCGGGGACGGGGUGUUGCGCUGCUUUUUAGAAGACCCGUUAGAGCGCGGAGACGCCGGCAAAAGCGACGGGGCCGGCGCGACGGCGCGCUUCCACCUGAAUCAAGGCUCUGCGGCCGAGUUUUUCCGACGCGUGGCACCAGCAGCGUCCUCGCGCAGUACGCACCGGAGUUCAUCUUCGCAGAGACGGCACGGCGUCGCGGGAGGCUCUGGUGCGCGUCCCAGCACCACUAUGCCAGCACCCACGAUGAACAACAUGCACUCUGCAGACCACUUUGCGCCAAACCGCGUCAUGACAUCACAAAACAUGUCACGGCCAUCCAUGCAAAAGAUGCUUGGGCUCGGGUUGCCUGUCGAGGAAAUGCCGGCUCUGCGUGCGCGAAGCACAUCUCCGGAGAAACCGAAGAGCAAGAACUACGGGCAGUCCUUGCUAGCGACCCUCGCGGAGCAAGUUGCGGAACACAACGUUCUUGCCGGGGCAGGAGCGUCCAACAGUCCUUCCAAGACUCAGGUGAAAAGCUAGAACUAGUGAGGCAUCGGUUGCUUUUCAGCACUUGCUUCGCACACCGUACGAAGAAAUCAAAUGAGUUUCACAAAAAUCGAAGAUACAACGAGUUUUAUUUUGCGCUUCACGUUGUGGUAAGAUAGACUGAAGAACUGGAGCUAGUUUCUGCAAAAAAAUGUAACAAAGUUUCAAGCUUUAGCCUUUAUACACUUCUAACUUUAUCUCAGUACUAAUGUACACGAAGUAGUAGAUCUACACACUGCUUCAGCCUCUUUAUGAUAAUCAUCGCAAGCAGACAAGAUGUUUUACGUAACGGUAGGCUUCUUUCGUUUUCGAGUCCACGUUUCAGUAGCCUCUUACUGUGCAAUAGUUGAGAGACGAAUCUGCAUCUCUCGAGGGGCCAGCAAAAGCGAUUUUUCGGUUUCGGUUGCGAUGAACAACUGGCUGCUCAGAUCACGCGGCACGGCCCGAA